AUGGAGCGAGUGAAGAAAACCAUCUUCGAUCCUCUCGCGACUUCAAAAGAUCGUAUUCGAGAGAUUCUGGAACCACGCCCCGCCGGAUGUGCACACCCUUUCAGCCCCGAGCACAUUCUUCUCUUCCGGACAGACGAUGGAAUUGACGAGAUUGACAUCUCCUCCUACCCAGAAGACUGCUUCUUCAAUGCCCAGGAUCUGGGGAAGAUGGGAGAGACACUGUUGGCCAGGAUGGCGGGUUCAAGGAGCAGUUAG